GCCAAUGGCGUCUGGCGGCACCUUUGUCGUUGACAAGGCGUCGGUUGAGUCGAGCCUUUUGAACAGGGCGUAGCAAGCAAGGAUGGCUCCUCCGAGAAAGAGCAACGUUGAGACUGAGACUUCGGUAACGGUGCGCAGCCGUACCACCCGAAGCCGCUCAGCGUCCAAGUCGCCCAAGACGAAGCGUGUCACAAGCCGCAGUCGGAGCCGCAGCGCAUCCCGGGCCGCUGUUACGUCCCCGAGAACGCCCCGGUCGCCGCAGAAGAAGGCUGCCACUCCCAAGUCGCCCAGCCCUGCCAAGAAGGCCAAAAGUCCGGCCAAGAAAAGCCCAGCGCCAAAGAGCCCUGCACGCCUGCCAAAGACUGCACGACCCAAGAGUCCGGGGCGACCCAAAUCGCCCGCCCCCAAGAGCCCGGCGCGCAAAUCACCGGCGGCCAAGAGUCCGGCUAGGAAGACUCCAGCCAAGACGAGAGCACCAUCGAAGUCACCGGCGCGCACCACCACACAGCGGAAGAGGAGCGUCAGCCCCGCAAGAGAGAAAGGUGACGACUCCUUGCGGGUCGGCCCCUCGCGCAUUCUGGUGUCCUCCUCAUCUUCAUCGUCGUCAUUGGAAAUCACCGGAGAAACCUGCCGGUGCUCAGCCGCGCAAGCCUCUCUACGCCCCUGGGCUCCUCGGCCUCGCAGCCCGUGGUGA